CGCAAUCCGACCCCGGAUCUGUGUUACAUUAACUCAUUACACAGUCUGUAGUCUGCACAUUAGACAUACAUUUACCACAAUCUGCUGCUUUUUGGGUUGCAGUGUAAUAGGAGGGUCCACGGUGCGGUGAAGUCGCAGGCGGGGUGGCAGCGGCACAGCAGUCGAGGGCAGGCGGGAACAGGGAAGGAACGCUCGUUCGGAGCGCGCCGCGCGCACAGAGGGGACGCGUUGAUUGACAGUCGGAGGCACUGAGCGCCCCGUGCUGCACACAGGCGGAGCACGCUAAUCUCCUCGUACCCGUCUCGUCGAAGGCAUCUCUGUGAAAUACCAGCCAGAUCAGCCUGGCGCAAAUAAGGGAGGCUCUAUCUGUCCCUGGGCUCAGUGUCGGAGUCUUCUCGCCUCGUAAACGCGGAAAAAGGAACGCGGCAGCUCUGAGACCCUAUCCCAUCCGUGUCUUUACCUGUUCAGUCAGUGUAGUGGUCACAAUCUGGGCUGACCUGGCGCCCCUAUCCUGGAAACGGGAGUGGGUGGACAAAAAAGCUCGGGUUGCACUUUGCAAUCUGAGCCAAAGAAGAUUUUGUCGAUUUCUUUUUGUGGAGUAAAAGGACUGCGCCCGGUGCUUUCGGGAUCAUUUUUGGGCUUCAUUUUUGUCAAAACCGGUGUAAUUGUGAUGCGUUUGUGAGUCAAGUUACACACCGUGGAACCUGCAAAACUCUCCUUUUUAUCCUUUUAAUCGGAAUAACGUUCAGAUUAAUCAGGAGACUCUUGGGAGGAAUUUAAGUUCCAUCUUGGUGCGUAAUUUGUGCGGUGUGUGUGUGUGCGGUUGCUGAGCCGCAGAAGUAGUUGUGCCUCCCUUCUUCUUUUUUUAUCUAUUUUUUUUUUACGUUGAAUACCCCAUUUUCCCAUGGAGUAGGCUAAGUCACUGAUUAAGACUUAAAAAGCGCGGGUUUAUUCUCUCUCGCCUGGAACAAACAGGCGGAUCUGAUGCGCAGAUUCUCCGUAGGAUGGUAAAUGACCGAUGGGGAAUCAUGAACAGCUCUUCUGAACUCGAAGAUGGGACUCGGCAUAAAAACCAGACAUUCUGUGAGUGUGUACCCAGCUCCUCCCAGCUCAAACAUCGCUGGUCAGACUCAGAAACCGCCAGGGAGACCCCGGCGAAGAGGAUGAGCUGCAGCUACCUGCUCUGCACCAUCCUGUUGUUCGUUGCUGUAUUGCUGGCUGUCACUGUAACUGGCACCAUCCUUUUUAUGAAUCACUACCAGGCCCCACCUAUGUCUGAUGGCCUACCCCACAUCUCUACCAAUCAGGAUGAAGCUAAUGCCCUGGUCACCGUUGAGAGAGGCGAUGGCUCCCGCAUCAACAUCUUCAUCGACCCCAACUGUCCCGACUAUAACAGUAACUUUUUGCGCCUUGAGGGUGUGCAGACCUCACUGCUCCACUCGCUAACCGACCACGACUCUGACCUGAAGUCAGUGAAGGGCCAGGAUCGGGCUCUGCUCGUCAGUCUGGCUGAGGAAGUGGCCAAGCUGUCAGCUCAUGCAGGGCAACUGAAAAUGGACUAUGAAUCUCUACGCAGGGGGCAAGGCAGUCUGGGGCAAGACCUUAAGACACUGCAGACUGAGCAGGGACGCCUCCUACAGAUGCUGUCAGACAGCGAGAUCAACAUGGUGAAGGUAGUGAACUCCGUAAGUGAUACUCUUAACGCCAUGCAGAAGGAGAACGUGGGCCUGAAGGCGCGUGUCAAGGCUGACUUGCAGAGGGCACCAGUCAGAGGGGCCCGUCUCAAGGGCUGCUCCAAUGGCUCACGUCCCCGUGACUGCUGGGAUCUGUACGCCAGUGGUCAGAGAGAGGACGGCAUCUACUCCGUGUUUCCUGUUCACCACCCCGCAGGCUUCCAGGUCUACUGUGACAUGACCACAGAUGGAGGAGGCUGGACAGUGAUCCAGCGCAGGGAGGAUGGCUCGGUGAACUUCUUUAGAGGAUGGGAGUCCUAUCGUGAGGGAUUUGGCAAGAUCACUGGCGAACACUGGCUCGGGCUGAAGCAGAUCCAUGCCCUGUCCAUCCAGGGGAACUAUGAGCUACGUAUCGACUUGGAAGACUUUGAAAAUAGCACUGCACACGCCCAAUAUGGUACCUUUGGAGUGGGCCUCUUCUCAGUGGACCCUGAUGAUGAUGGAUACCCUUUGACUGUGGGAGACUAUUCUGGCAAUGCAGGUGACUCUCUACUGAAACACAAUGGGAUGAAGUUCACCACCAAAGACAGGGAUAACGACCACUCUGAGAAUAACUGCGCCUCCUUCUACCAUGGUGCCUGGUGGUACCGCAACUGCCACACCUCCAACCUUAAUGGCCAGUACCUGCGCGGUCAGCACACCUCCUAUGCCGAUGGCAUCGAGUGGUCCUCCUGGACUGGAUGGCAGUACUCACUCAAGUUCUCGGAGAUGAAGAUACGGCCCACCCGCGACCCUGAGAAUAAAUGAAACUGACAAAAGAGAAGGAAAAAAAAGAAGAAAUUUUUCAAACAUUACAAACCACAAUUUCUGACAGCUAGGCAGAAUUACUUGUCUUGAUAUUGUUUAUUCACUAAAACAUACCUCUUUGAGUUUAGUUGACUCUGCUGUUUUCCUCCUGAUGUUUCUCUUCCUUUUUGCGCCUCUUCCUCCAUCACUCAGCUACUAGUCAUGCUGGCUGCCAUAAUCCUUCCCCUGGUCCCUUUUUUAAAAAAAUAAUGUAUCCGUGAUGCCCAUAUUUUUGAUCAUCCAGUUCACAAAAACAGCAUACGAGAGCCCUGAGCCCACAGUCCACUGCGCUAGCUUUACUCAGUCUGACAUGGUGGUCCAGCCGUCCCCUGCAGAAUCACACACCAGUGAUUUCCUCCUGGCAUGUAACUCUGACCUCCCAUCUGUGCUGACAUGGCACUUAGACUGUGGUUCAGUCUCACUGCCCUUUACUAUAUAAUCUGUGAAUAGAGAGGGUUGCUCCAAAUAUGAUAGAAAAAGACAAACCCCUCACAGGAGAUAUAAAUUCUCCUUUUUUUCUCCCUUCUGCAAAAGAAGUCUAGCGUUUCACCAGUGAGAAGGGACAGCGCAGUGGUAGACUGUGUCACAUUUACAUCCUUGAUCUGUAUGAAUAACACCCAGCAGGGUAGUGGCCUCAGAUAAUGAAAGGGAGACGGAGACAGAGAGAAUGAGGAAACAAUUUGACAAGGGUUAAAUUAGUCGCGGGGGGGAAUCACAGGAUAGUAAGGAAGUGGAAGAAGAAGAGGUGCGGAUGAAAAAGAGAAAUGAGAAAAAGAAAGAGACAAUGGAGGAUCUCAUUCAUCUGACUUGGGCCAUUAGGGAGCAUAUUGGGCACUUUGUCUGAUCUGCCUGCCAGCUGAGUACUGGCCAACUGAUGCAGCACUCGCAGAUGGUAACCCAGCACUUUUUAUGAGUAUGAGUGUGUGUAUGCGUGUCUAUGUGUGUGUCUGUGAGAGAGAGAGAGAGAGAGAGAGAGAGAGAGAGAGAGAGUCUACGACAGAGAGAGACAGACAGACAGACAGAGUUUUCUAACACUAUCAGUUUCCUGUCAUGAGUUCAGUAGAGCGUCCCGAUCGACUACAAUGUUUAGCACCAACAGGCUAAACAUGAUGCAUGACUGGCAUGCCUUCACUCUCUCCAUCUCAGCAGUUAAUAUGAAACAACAAAGCCUCUAAUGUAUGUACAUGUAACAAGAAGGAAAACAUACUGACAACAAUUUGAAGACGACAUAUGGGACCACAGAAUGAGUGGCAAAUCAAAAGACUGUCUCACAUUUACCCCAUUGAUCUUCUUUUCUCUGACUUGUUGUGAAAAUACUGCAUUUUUCCCACCCCACCCCCCACCUUAUGGUUUGUCCUCUGUCCUGUAAUUUCUAUUUUCCAGGUGAUCAUUAUGGCAUUUGUUUGUGUGACACAGUUUCACUUGUCACACAAACAGUGAGUAAAUUGUUGUAAAAUAAGAUUUGACGCUCUCAAUCACUGUCUUUUUUUUUUUUUUCUUUUUCCUUUUUAGUAGGAAAGUGUUAUGGCAAAAACAAAAUUGCCUCAAGCAAACAAAAAAAAGAAUGAACGCAAAAGAAAAAAUGUUCUGAAGAAAAAAACACAAAAGCAAGGUGUGGGCGGAAAAUAAUUUUUUUUAAAAUCGGUGAUACAACUUUUUGCAGUUUCAUCGAGUUUCUUUGGAUGUACUAAAAGCUUUAAAAAAAAUAUCUGUAGAUUUUAUUGUAUAGUGUGUAUGACUUUUAGAGCAUGUGAAUCUGUUUUCUUACUAUGCUAAAACACAAAGAGAACUGAAGCACAUGGACUUAACAAAACCCACUGGUUAAAAAAAUAUAUAAAGAAGUGAAAUGAGAUGUAUUUACAGAACUUUUUCCCUUCCUCUACCUGGACAAUAGGUGGGAGUGGCCCACCCCCCCACACGCCACUCUGAAAGUCAAAUACAAAUGAACAGGAGGAAUGUGAUUAUCCCUCAAGCACAUGCCCGUUCUAAUCUGCAGCACAAAUAUAAAUCCUUUUAUGGAGGCACAAUAUGGCAGAGAUUUGGAACCUCUUGGCACAUUAGCUGCCUUGCUGGACAUACGCGAUCUUUCUGACAUCUUGGCUUUUGGAAAAGUCCUGUGGCACUGGGAGACAGUUUUGAAUGUGUGCUGAAGGGUGUCGCCCCAGCUGACAGUGAGUGAACGUGUAGCACUGAGCAAUGUUGCACUGAAUACCUCUGACACUGGAACAGAUGCGAGUUUCUCUGUCAGCACCGGUGCUUGGAAGGAUCUCCCAUGGCUGUGUGUGUAUGUGUGUUUCCGCGGCACCUCAGCUGUGUAUAUAGCGCUAUAUGUCGAGUCUUGGUGGACUCCUGCCACUUUUGUUCAACAUCAAAGCACAGAUACAUGUUACAAAUACUAGCUGAUGUUAGUAUGGCACAGAGUAUGAGGUAUAAUAAUGUCAGAGGAUAUAACAGAGAUAAAAUGAGUUGGAAAUGUAUGACGCCACUUAAAGAGAAGGAGGUUGGCUGUGUAUGAGAAUGUAUGCAAAUGUGUGUUUGUGUCUCUGUACUAAACAGAGCAUGUAUGGGUGUAUGUGUGUGUGUGUGUGUGUGUGAGUGCGUGUGCACAUGUGUGCGUCUACAGUGUCUCUGUGUGUACACAUAAUAUGCACAUGCUUUGGUUUGUACAUGCCCAUGUGCAUGAGCCAGACAAGAGAGCGGGAGGCUGAGUGUGUCUCUCUGUGGAAUUUUGAAGUAAUGUGAUGCUUAUGUACAACUCGCCUCCCCUGCUAUUUGUGUUGAUAACAGAGAGAUUUACAUAAUUAUAAUGAACUAUUACUUAUUGUGAUUGUGAACCCAUUAGAGUGGACACCAACUUCUGGUACUGUGUUGAACUGCGCUCGUACCCUAAAAACCCCCCAAGAACCCACUCCCAAAAUCUUUAUUCACCUCGACACAACGUUGUGCUCACUUGUAUAUGUUGAUGCUAUGUUGCCCCUUGUUAUUUAAAUGUAGAGACGAGUAUUAUUUGCCAUACCCCUUUCUGUGUUUUUGUUGAGUGAAUGCCUUUAAAGAUACGCUCUCUGCUGCAGCUUGCUAAGUCUCCAACGGAAGAGAUGAUAAAAGAGUGAAAUCAGAGGCUCUAAUCAUUCGCAGUUAUCCUGCUCAUUACAGUGCAUCGGCACCCUCCUGAUCGAUCCCCCAGGCCCCCAAACCUUCUAUCUUUCUUACUGUGUACCUCCUUAAUUGCCUUAGCCUCUGCUGCCGAUUCUUCCUCACUCCAUCCCUCCUAUAUUCUCCCCUCUUCUCUCACCCAGCUCUGAUCUCCCAGCCUCUUUAUUGCUCUGCUUUUUGCCCCGCUCCUGUCCCCCGCUCUCCUCUCCCCUGCCCUCAGUCCUCCCAUUCCUUCAGUUCCAGCGCAGAACUAACUCUGUUUUCUUUUUCUUUUAUUUUUGGUGAAGUACUAUAGAUUGUUUUGCUGAAUCUUGAUAAUGUGUUUUAAUGUUCUUGUCAACAUUUAAUAAACAUUCACAUUUUAUAAAUGGGGAACACCCUGGAGUGUGUGUGUGUGUGUAUGUGUGUGUGUUGGUGUGUGUGUGUUCUUUCCCUCUCUCAGUGCAUCCAUGGUGUUCAUGGCAUCACAGUUGGUUUUUGUGAGUUUGUUUUUCAUCUGAAAAUGCUGAUUUGAUGAAGCUAAAACAAUUAACGUUUACGAGUCUUUUACCUGUCAUCAAAAAAACAAAAAACAAC